AUGGACCGGAGACGGAAUAUCCGUAACAUGUCCGUCAUCGCACAUGUGGAUCAUGGCAAGUCUACUUUGACGGAUUCCCUGGUGUCCAAGGCGGGUAUUAUUGCGCAGUCGAAAGCUGGCGAAGCAAGAUUUACGGAUACAAGGAAAGAUGAGCAGGAGAGGUGUAUUACGAUCAAGUCGACCGCCAUCUCCCUAUUCUUCGAGCUUGACAAGAAGGACCUAGACUUUGUCCAAGGGGAAAACCAAUGUGAAACCAUUGAAGUUAACGGAAAACCCGAGAAAUUCAACGGCUUCCUGAUCAACCUUAUCGACUCUCCAGGUCACGUCGACUUCUCAUCUGAAGUCACAGCGGCGCUUCGAGUCACCGACGGAGCUAUGGUAGUUGUGGACUGUGUAUCCGGAGUUUGUGUUCAGACGGAGACGGUUCUACGGCAGGCGAUUGCAGAGAGGAUUAAGCCGAUACUGUUCAUGAACAAGAUGGAUCGAGCGCUUUUGGAAUUGCAGCUGGGAGCCGAGGAGAUGUAUCAAACGUUCCGACGGAUUGUGGAGAAUGUCAAUGUGAUCAUCGCCACGUAUCUGGAUGAUGAUGGUCCGAUGGGCCCAGUUAUGGUAGAUCCAUCGAUUGGAAAUGUUGGGUUUGGAUCCGGCCUCCAUGGAUGGGCGUUCACGUUGAAGCAGUUCUCGGAGAUGUACGCUGACAAGUUUGGAGUUCAGGUCGACAAACUGAUGAAAAACCUGUGGGGAGACCGAUUCUUCAACCCUACCACGAAAAAGUGGAGCUCUACCAAAACCGAUGAUAGCAAACGAGGAUUCAAUCAAUUUGUGCUUGAACCAAUACUCAUGGUUUUUGAUGCAAUCAUGAAUGUAAAGAAAGAAAAGAUCCAGGAGCUCGUGAAAAAACUUUGCAUCAAGCUGGACUACGAUGAAGAGGAUCUGGAAGGCAAACCACUAUUGAAAGCCUUCAUGCGACGGUGGCUACCAGCAGGUGACACUAUGCUCCAGAUGAUAGCGUUCCAUCUUCCAUCGCCCGUCGCCGCGCAAAAGUACCGAAUGGAAAUGUUAUAUGAAGGACCACACGAUGACGAUGCAGCCUUGGCAAUCAAGAACUGCGACCCUAAUGGUCCCCUUAUGAUGUACAUCUCAAAAAUGGUGCCGACUUCUGACAAGGGAAGAUUCUAUGCGUUUGGAAGAGUGUUCUCUGGAAAAGUGGCGACUGGAAUGAAGGCAAGGAUACAGGGACCAAACUACGUGCCAGGGAAGAAAGACGACUUGUAUGAAAAGACUAUCCAACGAACGAUUAUCAUGAUGGGAAAGUAUGUGGAGUGUAUUGAGGAUAUCCCGUGUGGAAAUAUUGCUGGAUUAGUUGGAGUUGAUCAGUACCUUGUGAAAGGUGGUACCAUCACAACAUUCAAGGACGCUCAUAACUUACGAGUCAUGAAAUUCUCAGUGUCUCCGGUGGUCCGUGUCGCUGUGGAGGCGAAGAACCCCGCUGAUCUACCAAAACUUGUGGAGGGACUUAAGCGGCUGGCCAAGUCGGAUCCAAUGGUUCAAUGCACCUUCGAAUCUUCCGGUGAACACAUUAUCGCUGGAGCCGGGGAGCUCCAUUUGGAGAUAUGUUUGAAAGACUUGGAGGAUGACCAUGCUUGCAUCCCAUUGAAGAUUUCGGAUCCAGUGGUUUCGUAUCGGGAAACAGUUCAAGCGGAAUCUAGUCAGAUUUGUCUUGCGAAGUCUGCAAAUAAGCUGAAUCGACUUCAUUGCUCCGCCCAACCAAUGCCAGAUGGGCUCGCAGAUGAUAUCGAGGGAGGAGUCAUCAACGCACGGGAUGAAUUCAAAUCUCGCGCCAAAAUUCUAUCCGAGAAGUACAACUAUGACGUCACGGAAGCCCGGAGGAUAUGGUGCUUCGGUCCAGAUGGCACUGGCCCCAAUCUUCUGUUUGAUGUGACCAAAGGAGUACAAUAUUUGAAUGAUAUCAAGGAUCCAAUGAUGGCAGGAUUCAGUUGGGCGACUAGAGAAGGUGUCCUUUGUGAGGAGACUUUGAGAGGUGUGAGGUUCAACAUCCAUGACGUCACGGUUCACUCGGAUUCUAUGCAUCGCGGAGGGGCUCAGAUUAUCCCGGCGGCAAGGAGAGUGUUCUAUGCAUCACAGUUGACUGCAGAGCCACGUAUCCUUGAGCCGGUGUACCUGGUGGAGAUUCAGUGUCCCGAGCCGGUGAUAGGAGGAAUCUACGGCGUAAUCAACAAGCGUCGUGGCCUUGUCAUCGAAGAAUCUCAGGUUAUCGGGACUCCGAUGUUCAUUGUCAAAGCAUAUCUACCUGUCAACGAAUCCUUCGGAUUCACAGCAGAUCUCCGGUCCAACACCGGUGGACAAGCAUUCCCGCAAUGUGUGUUCGAUCAUUGGCAGGUGCUACCCGGUGACCCUUUGGAAAUUGGUAGCAAGCCAUAUCAAAUUGUGACGGAUAUAAGAAAACGAAAAGGUCUCAAAGAGGGAAUUCCAGCCCUUGAUAAUUAUCUUGAUAAAAUGUAA